UUUGUUUGUCCUUGGUGUUAGUUUCUGCAUGUGGGACCUAGUUUUUGAACCCAUGCCGUCUGCGUUGGAACCUUGGUGUCUUAGCUAGUCAGCCACCAGAGAAGUUUCUAAUGGGGUCUUCCUAAGGCCUACUUAAAAAAAAAAUUAUUUCAGUUGCACUGGGCACAUGUUGCUGCCCAGGGGCUCUCUCUAGUUGUGGCGAGUGGGGGCUAGUCUCUUGCAGUGCCUGGGCUUCUCAUUGUGGUGGCUUUUCUUGUUGCAGAGCACAUAUAGGCCAGGAGCAUGGUGAAGGGUUAAUGCAGCCACAAUAGGGUAUCGGAGAUGUGCCUGCAAACAGGUCUCUCUGCUCGGGCUGAACGUGCUUGCAAAUGAGGCGUUCUGCCAAGGAGACUGGACACAGCCUUGAGUUUAAUGGUCCCUUGCAAACGAGGGAACGUUCCCUUCCUUAUCAUUCCCUUCCUGUGAUAAGGAGGAAGAAAGGGCUCUGGACAGACUCUGCAGUAAACCGGAAUUUCACUCCCUUUUGCUGUACGAUAACAUUUAUGCACAUGUGCUAUACUGAGAAGGCUUAGUCAUACAGACUGGAAUUCUGCCCAGGGGGGCUAUAUAAAAGUAAACCGCAAGCUUGCUUGCUUGCACAGUUCUUUUUCCUCCGGCCGGAGCUGUGUCUGUCUCUUGUGUGUCUUGUUUUUGUGUCAUUUCACUCGCAAUCUCCAACAUCUGGUGCCCAACGUGGGGCUCGAGUGAAACCGAAAGGGUUUUGGACCCCAGCAAGAUUGAUCAGAAUCAACAAUGGCUGAUCCCUUUGAAGAGCUUACUAUGCAGAGAAGCUUUACUUUCCGUACAAGGGAAGCAACACCUCCUACAUGGGGUCAAAUGAAGAGGUUGACCCAGGAAGCAAAGAAGACAUUAAUGAAGGCGGGGCAACCUCUGAAUCCUACCAAUCUUUUGCUUGCCAUGAUGGCGGUGGUGACAUGUCAGGUAAUUGGUGUAUUGGCAAGUAAUCAUACAUAUUGGGCAUAUAUACCUAAUCCCCUUAGUAUAUACCUAAUCCCCAUUAGUAAGAGUAGUUUCCUGGGGGAGCCAGAAGUGCAGGUAUGCACUGAUGAGACUGCCUUCUUUCCCCCACCAGCUUGCGGGGGAAUAGAACAACUAUCUCAUCAUAAACCACAAUAUAAUAUUAGUAAUUUGACCAUUGCAGGGGAAGGUAUUCCUUUGUGCAUAGGAGGACACCCCUUUUUUCUGUCUACCAAGGAACAUUCUCAUCAUUCCUAUAAUACAUGGGGGUAAAGUAUAAUAAUUACCAUUUUUCUACUUUUACUGUGCUUGUUUCCACCAGGGGCUUUAACACCUCGACAGAACCGAUAGACAUUCAUAAUGGAAUACAUAUGUCACUAUGUCCUGUUAACUUUUUUGCUCCUUCUCUAGAAUCUCUGGAGUGGGAACGUUGCUGAGGUCAUCUACCCUUUAAAGUCAUGAAUUAUUCUGGGUCUGUCAUUGUAGAUUGGAGUCCAGAUCAUGGGCAAUUCUUAGAAAAAUGGUCGAAUAAAUCUCUUAGGUGGCAUCGUGCAAAUAGCACUUUGAUGGGCAAUGGUAAUGAAACAGUUAACUGGCAGCAAUUUGCACUUGUCCCUCCUCAAUUACAAUUGCAGGGAUAUCCACACAUUCAAGGGGAUAUUUGGAAACUAUGGGCAGUUUCUGGUAAUCUCACUAUCUGGUCAGGAAACUAUACUUUGGAUAGUGGCGACUCUUCGGGUCCAUUUCAUGUUAAUUUACACGUUAAUAAAUCUUAUUCCGCAAUGGCAUGUGUAAAAUACCCUUUUGCAUUGUUAUAUGGGAAUUGGACCUGGAAUGAUACUGUGGGGUCUGUGUCAUGUGAUUAUUGUAAUCUAACUCAAUGUGUAAAUCAGUCUUGGUGGAAAGAAUUUGAAAGACAAGCCUGUAACUCCAAUUUUUCGUUAGUAAUUGUUAAAGCUCGGACAGAAGUAUGGUUGCCUAUAAAUCUGACUAGGCCAUGGUCAGAUUCUUUUGCUGUUUCUCAUCUAGUAAGCGCUGUACAGACCUUGCCACACCGAUCUCAACGUAUGCUUGGUGUGGUCAUUGCUUCGAUUCUAGCAGUUGCGUCAGUAACUGCAACAGCGGCGAUGGCAGGCCUCGCAUUACACCAAGGAAUUCAAGCAGCUGAUUUUGUUCGGGACUGGCAUAAAGACUCUCAUUUGUUAUGGCAACAACAGCGAGAUUUGGAUACACAACUUGUUACCGACGUGCUCAAUCUUCAACACACCGUUUCCUGGCUUGGAGAUCAAUUAGCUGUUUUAUCUACACGAAGUGUGUUGAAAUGUGAUUGGAAUUCUUCUCAGUUUUGUAUAAUACCUGUACCAUUUAACAUGAGUGAAGGAUGGGAUAAAGUAAAACGAUCCUCGACUGGGCAUCAAAAUCUCACUACGGAGAUUAUGGACCUGGAACGACAAAUUUUGUCUACUUUUAGCAGGACUUUACCUGACAUUACGGGGUCUGAUUUGCUGAAAAGUCUUCAAGAGGGAAUGAAUAACUUAAAUCCAUUAGGGCAUGUAUCCUCACUAAUUGGGACUACCUUUUGGAACACUGUGUUUAUAUUACUUUUAUGUUAUGUUGCUUUUCUAGUCUUCCGGCGAUGGCGGAAAGGGAAACAACUAAAGCCCAAAGCAGAGAAGAUCCAGACCAUGCUACAAUUUAUAAAAGCAAAUAAAAAAGGGGGAGAUGAAGGGUUAAUGCAGCCACAAUAGGGUAUCGGAGAUGUGCCUGCAAAUGGGUCUCUCUGCUCGGGCUGAACGUGCUUGCAAAUGAGGCGUUCUGCCAAGGAGACUGGACACAGCCUUGAGUUUAAUGGUCCCUUGCAAACGAGGGAACAUUCCCUUCCUUAUCAUUCCCUUCCUGUGAUAAGGAGGAAGAAAGGGCUCUGGACAGACUCUGCAGUAAACCGGAAUUUCACUCCCUUUUGCUGUACGAUAACAUUUAUGCACAUGUGCUAUACUGAGAAGGCUUAGUCAUACAGUCUGGAAUUCUGCCCAGGGGGGCUAUAUAAAAGUAAACCGCAAGCUUGCUUGCUUGCGCAGUCCUUUUUCCUCCGG